AUGACGACCGUAAGUCUUCGGCAGAGCGACAGGGGCGAUCCCUCUGCAAACACCGCAUCAACGAGCUCAAACGUCAUCCGACCGAUCCCCUCGACCGACGUACACCGCAUCACCAGUGGUCAAGUUGUUCUCGACCUCCAGACAGCUGUCAAAGAGCUGAUCGAGAAUGCUCUUGACGCCUCAGCGUCCAACAUCACCAUCAACUUCCGUGACUACGGCGCAGAGUCGUUCGAGGUCAUCGACAAUGGUACCGGGAUCGACCCGUCCAACUACGCUUCAGUCGCUCUCAAGCACUAUACCAGCAAGCUCUCAUCCUUCUCAGACCUAGCUCUUGUACGAACGUUCGGCUUUCGUGGUGAAGCGCUCUCCUCUCUCUGCGCCUUGGCGAAGGUAACGAUCCACACUGCAACCUCUGAGCAGGCUCCUAUGGGCACCAUCUUACGACUCGACCGUGGAGGCAGAGUCGAAAGCGACGCCGGCAGAGCCGCCAGACAGCGUGGCACGACAAUCACCAUCGAGGGUCUCUUCAAGACCCUACCAGUGCGCAGAAAGGAGUUCGAGAAAAACCUUAAACGAGAAUACGCCAAGGCGCAGAAUCUAUUGCAAGCCUACGCGCUUAUCACAAAAGGAGUCCGCUGGACGACCACCAACACUCCAGCAAGCGGUCGCAAGACUCCGCAAUUCAGCGUCAACUCUUCGGGCGCUUACAACUACCUUUCUACCAAUGUGUCUGCUUUGUUCGGUGCGAGAGUUGCUCCUACAUUGAUGCCGUUGAACCUCGAGCUCACGUUCUCGGUGGCCAGAGCUCGCAACAAGUAUCUGCAGAGCGUCGCGAGGCAAAGCGAGCAGGACGCAGAUGGAGAGGAAGAAAAAGACGAAACAUCAACAGUCACCGUCGUAGGUCUCAUCAGCAAACCGGUCUAUGGUUCAGGUCGCACCUCUUCCGAUCGUCAGUUCUUCUACAUUAACGGUCGACCUUGGGAAGCAGGCAGAGUCAGUCGAGCGUUCAACGAAGUGUACAAGUCGUUCAACUCGAAUCACUUUCCCUUUGUCAUCGCUGACUUCCGACUGCCCACAGACUCGUACGAUGUCAACGUCAGCCCUGACAAGCGGACCAUCUUUCUGCACGAGGAGAGUCGACUUAUCGAGAAGGUCAAGGAGGCGCUCGACGAGCUCUUUGCGCCUAGUAGGGCGACUUUCUUGGUCAACGGAGCAAGUCACUCACUUCGGAACGGCAACGGGAUCACAAGCUUAAGCGCUCAGUCGAAGCUGAGCAGUUUCACAUCGACAGCGAGAAGGUCAAGCUCAGCAGCAUCGCCAGAGGAGGUUCAGGAUGAUCGCGAAGAGGAAGACGCGGUAUGGCUCGGUCAGGCUGACGAUAAAGAGGAUCAAAACGUCCAUGACGAAGAGGAUGCUGCAGGAUGGGUCGGUCAAGGCGAUGACGAGGACUUGGAUUCGAUGCCGCCACCUUUGAAGAUUCUCGCAUCGUCAGCAAAGGAAAAGGAUCUCGAGUAUCGUGAGGAGUCAGAUUCACCCGCACUACCACUCCCGCGACGCGCUGCGAAUCCAAUGGAUGACGACGAUGGCAGCGAGCCCGAUGUGCCAGCCCCGCUUGUUCCUGAGGUUGACUCCUCCGCACGCGCCUCUUCAAAGCGCGACUACGAAGAAGUUCUCGAUACUAGCCAGGCUUCUUGGUCACCAUCAAAGAAGCCUCGCACCGCACAGUCUCCUCCUGGACCAUCGAGGUCGCUGCAAUCGCCUUCAUCCGAUCGGUCUAGAAGUGAGGCUCGGAAUGUGCUUGCUUCUCUGCGGACGUUCGCGCUUCCAGGAUCCCAGAUGGAUAACGAUCUGCCCGUGUCCAGCAGGAUGGCAGCUGGUGAGGAGGAAGCAGAGUCGAUCCCCAUGGCGAUUGAGCACGAGGUGGAAGACAGUUCCACAGUUGACGAGGAGGAAGAGAAGGAGUCUGCUCCAGCUCUCAAAGCUGCCGAAGAAGCUGGCCUUGACGUCCCAAUGGACGAAGAAGACGAGGAGCCGCUGUCGAACAGGCUUGCUGCUAUGCAACAGUCUUCCCUUACCAUUGAUGAUGAUGUGACAGACGGAGCGCAUAUCCUUUUCGACCUUACUGGUCUGCAAAAAAGGCUGCAAGCCCGAAAAGGAGCCGUUGCUCUGUCUGCAUCCAAAUCAGCCUCCCAGAGUCUCCCAGCAUCCGGCGAUGAAGAGCUGUUGCAAGGAGCCGGAGUCUCCAAUCAAGACGAAAACCAAGUCGAACAAGCACUCUCUCGCGUCAUCCACAAAGAAGAUUUCUCGACCAUGGAAGUCGUCGGCCAAUUCAAUGUUGGCUUUAUCAUCGCUCGUCGCCGCACUGACUACGACGACAUGGACGACCUCUUCAUUGUCGACCAGCACGCAUCAGACGAGAAGUACAACUUCGAAACGCUCCAGCUCACCACCACCAUCCGGUCACAGAAGCUCAUCUCUCCACGCUUGCUCGAGCUGUCUGCUUCUGACGAACUAGUCGCGAUUGAACACCAAGACACGCUACUCGCGAACGGUUUCGAGAUCUCCGUCUCAGAAACAGGACUGCCUGGGACACGGGUGAAGCUCGUCACCCAGCCAAUCAGCAAGAGCACCGUCUUUGGUGUCAAAGAUCUCGAAGAGCUACUCUUCUUACUAAGAGACACAAGCGCAGGGUCGGAAGCAGCACGGAGAAUACGCUGCAGUAAAGCGAGGAACAUGUUCGCUAGCAGGGCGUGUAGGAAAUCGAUCAUGAUCGGAACUGCGCUGAACAAGGCGAAGAUGAGCGCGAUCUUGCGGAAUAUGGGAACGAUUGAGCAGCCGUGGAACUGUCCACAUGGCAGACCGACGAUGCGGCACUUGGCUUGUCUCAAGACGAUUAGCGAUCAGGGUAAGGGUGAAGGCGAAGAUGCAGAUGCAGAUCCUCAAUGGGAUGAACUUGUACGAUGUUUAGGUUAG